CGGGCGCGGCGCUCAGUCCGAGCCUGGAGCCCGCGCGCGACGCCCGCCGCCGGAGCCCCCGCCCGCGCCGCGACACUCACCCCCCUGCACAGCCACUGCUUACAAACAAUACCUUCCACGUUCUGCUCUGUGAUCGGAAAUAAACAUUUCAAAAAGUUCAAGUGUUACCAACCUAGCGGACAGGAACCACGCCGGAAGCUAGGGUGGUAGUGUGAUGUAGUGCGGCACUCAGCCAGCCGCGAUGAGUUUCCUGUCGUCCAUCGGUCAGUACGUGGCGGGCGUGGCAGACAGCGUGGCGGGGCUGGCGCUGAGCCCGCGCCGCGCGCCGCCGCCGCGCCACCGCUCCGCCGACGGGCAGGCGCAGCCGCAGCCCUCGCCCGCUUCCAUGAGAGCUGGUUUCCCCCGCGUGGUGCCGACGGAGGGCGCGUCGGCGCUGGGCGCGCGGCGCCGCACGCUGGACUGCCUGGCUCAGGCGGCGCCGGUCCGCCGCGGGGGCUCCCUGCGCGUGCCCCGCCAGCCGCCGCCGCCGGAGAAACUCAAGAUGGCGUUCUGCAAGCGCCGCCUGUCGUGGCCGGAGGUGGAUAAUUCGGUCAAUUCUGGCGUACAAGACACCGACGGCUCGUACUUCGAGAACUUCACAGCCAUCUCCUGGCGGCAGGAGAACCGGCGUCUGGCGGCGCUGCGGCUGGUGGAGGCACGGGCCGAGCGCGCCCCCCCGCCCCCCGCCGACCUCGGCCUGCCCAGUGUGUCUGCCCAUCUCUCGCAUAAGGAGCACGAGCAUCUGUACAAUGAGGUCCUGUACUGCAUCGAGAACGCCGUGGGCGCGCCGGCCCCAGACGGCCAGUUCGCGGUCUACAAGGAAGACGUCUUGGAGCAUGCCAGGCGCGCCUUUCGCAUGUCUCCAGAGGCCCACGCGAGGGCGCUGCGGGCCGCCGACUCCGAACGACCCCCGACUGUCGUGCUCGGGGUCACUGUGAUUGAAGCUGACGGGCUGGAGGCUAAAGACGCUAACGGGUUCAGCGACCCCUACUGCAUGCUGGGCAUCCAGCCGGCGUCCCUCCCCGCCUCCCCGCGCGCCUCAGAAGACGAGGGUCGCAAGCACUCCGGGUUCCGACUGAGCUUCAAGCGGCGCGAGGGGCGCCAGCAGCGGGACAGCCUGGGCCGGCUGCCCGCGCGCUACAUACGAGCCACGAGCGUGCGCCCGCACACGCUGUCGCCCAAGUGGAAUGAGACCUUCAAGUUCGACAUCGACGACAUAUCAUCCGACGUGCUGCACCUGGACAUCUGGGACCACGACGAUGAGAGCUCGGUGCUGGACGCCGUGUCGCGGCUCAACGAGGUGCGCGGCGUGCGCGGGCUCGGCCGCUUCUUCAAGCAGGUGUGCCAGAGCGCGCGCCAAGGCAGCCAGGACGACUUCCUCGGCAGCGUGAACGUGCCUCUGCGCGAGAUCCCGUCGACGGGCGUGGAGGCGUGGUACAAGCUGGAGGCGCGCUCGCAGCGCUCGUCCGUCCAGGGCCGCAUCCGCCUGCGCCUGUGGCUGUCGGCGCGCGAGGCCGGGAGACAUGACGACGACAACUGGCAACAGGUCCGCCAACACGAGCGUCUGUUCGGCGUCCUUCUCUCCCACGAGGUGGAGACAGCUGCGUCCCUGCAGCCGGGCGACGCGGAGGGCCACAGCGGGUUCGAGGGCGAGCUGUGCGGCGCCGCGCAGACCCUGCUGCACCAGCACGCGGUCCAGGGCGACCUGAGCGAGCUGCAGGCCGCCAUAGCACGGUUCGCUGCCGCCUGCCGUCUGAAUAGCGAGGCGCCGUUGGACCCUAAGUACAUGUACAAGCUGCUAACCGAGCUGGAGCGCUCGUGGUACGCCUGCGAAGCACUCUGCGGCGGCGGCGACGGCGCCGGGACCUCCCGGGACGAGGAGCGCUGGCUGGCCGACUGCUUCUCCGACUUCCUGGAGCGAGCACUGCACCAGCUCCGCCUUCAUAGGGACUUGUACCCAGUGCUGCAUCAUCUGAGUUUGAACAAAUUGGAGUACCUUCUGCGAUGUCUGAGCCAGCUUUCUCAAAUGAAAGCGUUUUGGCGAUGCUGCCCUUUCAGCAAGGAGAUCAGGAGUGAGAUAGCGGGUGCGCUUCGCAAAGGCACGGCGGAGUGGUACGAGGCGCUAUGCGCGCAGGACACGGAGUCGGAGCGGGGAGAAGACCUCGUGAACCUCAUCACGCUGGUGCAGAUUGACUUGCAGCAAGGACUCACGUACUAUCACCCGCUGUUCGAAACGACCAACAAUGUUCCAUACUUCAGCAUUGUCUUCAACCACCUCGACAAAAUGGUGUCGGAGGACGUGAAGCAGUGCGUGGAGCACUGGGUGGCGGAGGGCUGGUGCGGCGUGGCCGAGGAGGAGUUCUACGACGAGCUGGGCAACGGCAAGGAUUACGUUACAGUGUGCACGGUGUCGGCCAAGACGCUCCCGUUCGAGGUACUGUCGGCGGUGCGCGAGCUGUGCGUGUCGGCCACGCCGCCCGCGCCGCCGCAGCCCAACGCCGAGCCGCCGCCGCAGCUCGUCGAGGCUUACGAUUGGUUCGAGCCGCUGAUCGACCGCUGGCUGGCGGUUACCAAGACCAUGGCGCUGCAGCGGGUGCGCGCCGCCGUCGAGCUGGACCGGCCGGUGGAGGCGGAGCGCAUCGUGAAGCACAGCACCUCCUCGGUGGACACCGCAGCCUGCCUGUACCACAUGCGUCUGGUGUGGCGCGCCAUCGGCGGCGCGGACGAGGGCUCCGCGGGCGGCGGGCUGCGGCUCCUGGAGGCGGCCUGCGCCACCGCGCUGCACUACGCCGACCUGGUGCACGGCGCGCUGGCCGACCAGGGGUAUUAUGAGAACCAUGGUCAGAACAAGUCCACAGAGGAGAUCUGCACCAUCGUGAAUAACCUGGAGUACGUGCGCCGCUCGCUGGCCGAGUACGAUGACGAACACAUCGGCAACGACGAGAGCGCCCGCCAACUGGUGCGCGGCGCCCUGGGCACGCUGGAGGCCCGCGCCGCCCGCGCCGCCGCCCCACUGGCUGCGCGCGCCCGCCCGCCGCUGCGCAAGGCCGUCUUCCACCUCGCCUGGUCGCCUGACAGCCUGCCCACCAAUCAGGCCAUAACCCCACUCCUGGAGUACCUAGACCAGCACCUGUCAUCUCUCAACACAUGGCUGCUCCCGCGCGCGUUCACCCGCGCCCUGAGCGGCUGCUGGGUGGCGGUGCUGAAGGAAGUCUCGACCCAAGCCGACGCCGGGGGGGCAGAGAGGCCUCGGGUGUACCACUCCCGGCUGAGGGAGGCCUUGGACCUGCUGGCUGAGUUCAUACAUGCUGAGGGGAAAGGUCUCCCCAUGUCCGAAGUCCACUGCGGCGAGUGGCAGCGCGUGGAGCAGCGGCUGCAGUACCACCAGGCGGCCACCGAGGAGUUGCUGGAGCUGUGGCUGGCCUGCCGCCUCGCAGACCAGGCUCGCACGCCACUGCCCAGCCCGUACGGGUCUAUACUUGUGAGGGUGUACUUCAACCACGACUCACUCUGCGUGGAGGUCUUGUCGGCUCGUGACGUCAUCCCGCUGGACCCCAACGGCCUCAGCGACCCCUUCGUGGUGCUGGAGCUGCUGCCCAAGCGCCUCUUCCCGAAGGCACACGAUCAAAGCACCAACGUGCAGAAGAAAACUCUGAACCCGAUCUGGGACGAAUGCUUCGAGUUCGGCGUCUCGCUCGAGUCGUGCCGCUCGGGCCACGCGGCUCUCUCCCUCUCCGUGUGGGACCGCGACGUCCUGACCGCUGAUGACUUCGCGGGCGAGGCCUUCGUAUCGCUGGCCCGCAUUCCUGGCGUCAACAGCCACGCGCCGCCCGACCCGCUGCGCCCGCUCGAGCUGCCGCUGAUGCAGCUGCAUGACCGCAACCACCCGAUCCUGCAGAUCCUGGAGUCGCGCACCACGGACAAGCUCGCCAUGGACUUCGUCAAGAAGCAGAAACUGCGCUUCGCUGAACAGUAAGCAGUAUUGUGUCUAUGUUACCUUUCUUGAAAAUGUCUCUUUUAUAUAUCUUUCAAAUUAUACAACUUGAUUAUUUCAACUUACGCACAACGUCCAUUAAAAAUUAUUGACAAUAUAAUAUUUUACAAAAAAAACUGAAUAGGUAUGAAUAUUUUGAAUCAGACGAUAUUUUGUUUUUACUAUUAUAUAUUUUAUUAAUUAAAGAUUUACAAAUUAUUAUUAUAUUCUGCAUCAGUAUUAUGAAAUACUAUGAAGACUGUGAAAUUCGUUAUAAUGAUUUAUACGAGUAUAGCCACUUGCAGCGUAACCAUGGGUCUAUCUCCAUGGAGUUAGACCUUCUGCUAGGGCUAAGAGUAUUGUAUAGUGUGCACCCUCGGAGCUUGUCCUAGUGUUAGUCUUUCUACUAGUGUUCCCUGACCAAGUACUUUAAGACACUUUGUGGCCCACUUUUGCUAUUUAGCCGUACACAAAAACUGCUUUAUGAAAACAUAAAAAACAAACACAAAAUGAAUCUUUUAACUUCUAUGUGUGUACCGAAUGUGUCGGAGAUUAUUGUACUAUCUAUGUACUUAUAUUGUCAUUCAAAGUAAUUUAAUAUGAAUAUUUAAAAUUAUGCAACUCAACAAGGUUACCUUAACGAGAUUUUACAUCUGUAAGUAAUACGUAUAAUGAUAUAAUCCAAGGAUUUCAUUAAACAAUCCUCAAAUACUUCUCAAACUAUCCCAAUGAAAUGUAAUCAAGAUGUCAGUCUAUUGCUUGCGCCCUGGUUGUUGCUAUACGCCCGCACGCCCUGUAUCCACAUCCUUAUAUGGAGGUUAUAUACUUACUAGGCACUACAUAUUUAAUAUGAUAUUUAUAAUUAUAACUCACCAAACUUAUUUAUUGUCAUCAUAUUAUAUUUUGAAAAAGCCCCUUUGGUGAAGGAGCUUUUUUCCCUACCACAAAAUUAU